GUUAUCGAUUUGGGAGAUUGUGUCACCCACGCUCUCACUUCCACUGCGAAUCACCUCCCAGUUCUUCUGUGGAGUUCAGUGUAAAAGGUUCUCACAUCGGGUGGAGUUGGAUUUGUUCAAUUUCUCCAACUUCCAACAUCCACCAGGAAGGAGGAUUUCACUGGGACAAUUUUGCAGGUCAACAAGCAAAAAGCGCAGCUUUUGAAAUAUUUUGGAAAUUCUGCCAUUUGAGGCACCUGUGAAAGUUUAUACCCAGAGCCCAAAGUGUCGCGAGUGCUGACCAUUUGUCAACCAUCCUGGAAGAACAAGUACCCCGAAAGGGACAGGCUAGAAAUAUGGAUUAAAAUGCCACUUAUGCCGUUUGCAAGUGACGGCUCAAAAGAUCACAAACUAUGAAGAUGGUAAAGUAUGGAAGGAAGAAAUGGACAAUCCUCUGGACAGGCAUCAUUUUUGUCAUCCACCUCAAUUUCUACUGUGCUGUGGCUGAUAGAAAUAUAGGCUGUCUAUUUGCCGAGUCACUCUGUGAGGAGCAACUGGAGUGGUGUUAUGAUGAUUUCGCAUUCGGCGUGUGUCUCCCAAAAUAUGGGGUCCAACCUGAACAAAUGACCCGUCAACCGCUAUCUGGGGAGCACUCUGGACUCUUGGCCACGAUGCUAGAGGAGCUCGAAGGAGCUGGACUAACAUGGGAACAUCCAUUUGUCCAGUGUCGCAUCCAGGGAGCUUUAUAUGCUCUUCGGAAUGAUGCUCCAAUGCCGCACAAUCUCUGUGCUGGACUCACGCCUGAUCCCCAAAUCCUCGAUCCCCAGAGCCCACUAGCAUUUGUGCGAUUCUCUCCACCUACAGAAACCUUUGCUGAUGAAGUGUACAUUCCGCCACCCAAGAAAAGUGCCCCGUCUAGAAAUCAAUUGGAUUACUAUCGUCAAUUGGACACUCCAUCAUUUGAGUCUGAGAAACGAAAGAAAACUACUCCAGCAAUUGAUCCAAGAGUUGUAGAUGAAUUGAGUGAGGAAAUCCUCAGAGAAUUGAUGGAGGAGGAACAAGAGAGACUUGAAGCAGCCCAAAAUACCCGACAUCGUGCACAAAAUCAUGAGAAUCCCCUCGAGAAUAUCCACAGAUCCCAUUUCAAGGAGAAUGAUGAUGUUCUGAAGGAGGAGCUGUUAAAUGAAUUGGAGCAGGGUGAGAGGGUGAAUCAGUACAAUGAGAUGCCAACAACAUCAUUUAGAGAAGUGGCUAUGAAUAGAAAUAUCCCGGAAGUUUAUUUCUACAGUCGCACGAGGCCAUAUGAAGGGAGCAAUGAGUUACCACAAGAAGUCUACUUUGGCCAAGAAUCGCAGCCUCUUGAGCACUUUCGUAGCAACACUUAUGGCGAGGGUGAUGUAUCAGACGUGAAUCGUAAAACACUUCCCGCGAAGGAGUCUGGCGUGUACACAGAAGGGGGUGUUGUUUAUUUACCAGAUAGAGGCAAUCAGGAGCAGUCUGAUGGAGAGGAUAAAGAGCAGACAAGGAAUAUGCUGGCCAAUAUGUUGGGAUUCACGAGACAUGAGCGUCUGGAUGUGAAGAAACCCGGACCACCAGCAGCUCCACCACCAUCAAGUCAGAGUCCCCAUGAACCACCAAAAUUGCCAGUAGCCCAAGGGAAUAAGGAAGUUUUACCAGCCCAUUUUAUGAUGGAAGAAACUCCUAAGAUCAAGAAAGUCUUGCACGAUGGAAAUGACGAUGAUCAUGGACCUCACUCUGUCGACAUGGAAUACGCUCAUGUAAUCCUCAAGACCCCAAUCGACAGUUGGCGCGAUGGUUCAAGGAUUGUAACCGCCCUAUCGGAGAUGCUUCAUAUGCAGGGCUACUUCACAUACCCAAGAAUUGAUCGACACGAAGUGUCCUUCCGUGUGGAGCCCAAUCCGGAGAAGAAGACAGCUGCAGAUAUUGCAAGAGCUAUCAAUGAUAGUCGCGUGAGGAACAAUUUGUCUAGGCGGCUUGGGGUUGUCGUGGUCAGGGCAGGAGUUGGCGAUAAAACAAAGAAAGAUCCCUAUGGUGCAGUGACAAGUUCAAAAGUUUUGGUCAAAGAGGAAGGACCAGAUGUGACUCACGUAAUGGCAUAUAUGUUUGCCGGAGCUGGAGCUGCAGCAGUUAUUGUUAUCAUUAUCACCCUUUUCCUAAUUAAACGCCAUGAUCGGAAGCGUGAUAAAUUGAGUGGAAUCAAUUCAGGACUUCCACCCGACAGUUGCAGCAAAGACUAUCAGGAAUUAUGCAGGGCCAGGAUGGCUGGAAAGGGUGGGAAUGAGGGUGGAAAUGGAGGACGCAUAACAUCGCUUUCAAAGGAAAAUGAAGGACGUCCACCGUCCUCCAGAAGUAGUACAUCCUCCUGGAGUGAGGAACCGGUUACGAAUAUGGACAUUUCUACUGGACACAUGGUUCUGUCCUACAUGGAGGAUCACUUGAGGAACAAGGGGCGCUUGCAGAGAGAAUGGGAGGCUCUGUGUCGCUAUGAGGCUGAACCCAAUGCUCGAGAAGCUGCUCUGCAGAAGCAAUGCACUCUCUUCAAUCGCACUGGUGCCCCUCUGCCCUUCGAUCAUUCACGUGUCGUGCUUAAUCAUCUGUCCAAUGCUGAUGGCCUGGACUAUAUCAAUGCAUCAACGAUCACUGACCAUGAUCCCAGGGCGCCAGCCUAUGUAGCUGCCCAGGGUCCCAUCCAGGCUACCAUCUCACACUUCUGGCAGAUGAUCUGGGAACAGGGUGCCGUGGUGAUUGUGGCUCUGUGUCGCCUCCAGGAGAAUGGGGAGGCAUCAUGUGCGCGAUACUGGCCAGAGGAGGGAGCUCAGGUGUAUCACAUCUACGAGGUGCAUCUCGUAAGUGAACACAUCUGGUGUGAUGACUACCUCGUGCGCUCCUUCUACCUCAAGAACCUGCAGACAGGUGAAACGCGCACGGUGACCCAAUUCCAUUUCCUCUCCUGGCCACAAACCGGCAUUCCCACAUCAGCCAAGGCACUUCUCGAUUUCCGGCGAAAGGUGAACAAAUCCUACCGCGGACGCUCAUGCCCAAUCGUUGUGCACAGCAGCAACGGUGCUGGACGAACUGGAGCCUACAUACUGCUGGAUUUGGUCCUGGCACGAAUGAACAAAGGUGCACGUGAGAUUGACAUUGCAGCGACACUGGAGCACUUGCGUGACCAGCGUGCGGGUCUUGUGGCCACACGGCAGCAAUUUGAAUUUGUCCUGAUGGCAGUGGCAGAGGAGGUGCACGCAAUUCUCAAGGCUCUUCCAACGGCAAAUGCACAAGACAAGAGGGAUAUCGAGAAGGAUGUACUGAAGGAACAUCCAGACAUUGAACCCAAAGAGGAGAAAUCCAAGGCGAGUGAGGCAGCAGAGAAGAAAUCUGAAAAGAAGUAGAUGAACCUAUGAUCCAACUUUGCAUGCUGAAGAAUGUUGCAAGGGAGGUGUUACUUAUAAGUGAAAAGCAUCCGCCUCGGGAGGUCUUCCUUUCAGAAGAUACUUUCCCACCAGCCAGAAAGUAUCUUCUAACCCAGAGCUUUUGGGUGAAAAAAAAUUACAGGGAGGAUCUCCCGAGGAACUUUUCAUUUUUUUGGGGGGACUUCAAUAUUUUUUUUUCCUCUUUUGAGUUUGUGAUGAAGAUGAAAUAUUCUUCACCAUAUAUUCUACCUUUCUUCAUACCGAAAACUUUCACGAGCAACAUCAAGACACAUAUUCAAUUGAAAAUCUUCAAAUAUCGACUAUGCCUCAGGGUUUUUUGUAUCUUCAGCAACAUUUCUCGUCCUCUGCAUUUCUAUCUUCUGGAUUCUUUUUUUCUAUAUAUUUUUUUCAAGGUACAAAUUGAAAAUGCUUUGUCUUCUUCUGCUGAUUUUCCGUGAAUGAAGAUGUGAUACUAGCGAUUGUGAAUCAGGGAUUGUCAUUCCAAAAAAGAAAAUAAAAGAAACUACGAAGAAAGGAAUUUUGCUUCUAUCUUUUCUGUUUUUUAGUGAGUAUUUUUCCUCAAGAAAAGUAGAAUAUAUAAUGUGUAUUUUCAUAUGUUACAAAGAAUAUUUCCAUAAAAAAGAAACACAAAAAAUAUCAACAUAUUGCAAGUUAUUUAUCCAACUAAAAUAGAUAAAAAUUGUAGCAGAGAGUUUAUAAACUUGUUGAAGAGAAGAUUUAAAAAAAAGUCUAUAUUUAUUUUUAUCUGCAAAAUAUCAUAGAUUUUUACCAGAAAAAAAAUUACUAAAGAAAAAAAAAUCAAAGAGUUUAUCAUACAAUGAUGACAAGACAAGGAAGCUUUAACAGACAAUCAGAAGAUCUAACACCAGCCUGUUGAAGAUCAUCUGAUUCUUUUGUUGUGCUCUUUCUCACAAAAAAAAAAACAACACAACCUCCUUAUUACUUUUUGCAUAUCACAGAAUUAUAUUUUUCUUUAAAAAAAGAAUAUUCUCAUCUCAAAGUUAUUUUUGCAAAAAAAAACAACAAACAAAAUAGAGAAUAACCGCGAAAAUCAUCACAGUAGAACAAAAUAGAUGGAAAUAUUUAGAAGAAACUUUUCUCAAAUUUUAUGUUUUUCAAAAUUUGUGAAGAAGAAAACCUGAGACAUGAAAAAAAUUAAAACGAACAGACUGAAUGUAAUUAUGAGAAAAAAAAUACAGUCUAUUGUAAAAUUGAUUUAUAAAUUUUUCCGUCUUACAAAAAUUUUAAUAAAUAAUCAGAAUUUUUAAUGAGAGGAGAGAGAGAGGCUUACAAUUCAUACUUUUCCCAAAAAAAGAAAAAAACAAGAGAUUAGAACAGAAACGAAUGAAAAAUUUUUCCCCAAUUCUUUUUUUCUUUUUGUCUAAAAGCACUCCUAUUGAGUUUAAUCACAAGAGAGAAAAAAAAACAUAAACACUUAUAAUAAAAUAAAAAAAUUAAAAGAAAAAAAUUGUAAUGACCUAAUUCUCUUCUUUAAAUUGAAGCACUAUUUGAGAUAAAGUUUAAAAAAAACAGAGAUAAAGUAUUGAAUUUUUGGAUUCCGUAUACAUUAUAAAAAAAAUAUGAAAAAAAUAGAAUGAGGAAGAAAGCUAUAUGUAUAUUAAACUAUACCUAAACUAUACUUUAAAAAGUAAGGAUAUCUGACUGUAAUAUCUAUAUUUUUGUGUAUAAAUGUGCAAGGAAGAAAAAAAACCUAAUGGAAACAACUACUAAUGUUAAUCUCUUGAGAAAAAACAACUAACUUAUUGAAAAUAUUACGCAUACACACAUAUUUAAAAGUUAUAUAACAAAAAGUAAAAAAAAAAUAUGAAUUAUUCAAGAAAAAAAGGAUAAUGUGAGAAUUUAAGGGAUAUAAAAAAGAAAGAAAAAUCAAUUAAUAAAAUAUUAAACUCUGCAAAUUAA